AUGCUCAAUGUCGAAGUUGUCCGAGUUGAUCGAAUUCCCGGCUUGGCAUUACCUGCGUCGCACGGUCAGCUCAUUGCGUUCCAGCCGUCUUUCACUCUCACAAACGCCCAUCCCCCGAUUUGUAUCUUCUCUCAACCAGCUCCCAACACCCCCUCUCUACGGGUAUUCCUCGCUCUCCAUUUCACUGCAGUUCAUAUCGCCAUUUCUAUUGAAUACCUGGAGCGUUCGCUGCGCUCUCGCGCUAUGGCCGAUGGGUCGCGAUCAAAGGUAAUCGAGGCAAACCCCAUUGGCAAAGGACUCAAUACCUUUCGCGACUCUUUCGAAUUCAAACACAGAGGCCUAGGCAUCACGGGUGCUGAUGCAUUGUACCAUAUUAGUGGGGAAGGACCGAAAAACUCCCUCCUUGACCUGAUAUAUGCUUUGCAGGGUCUUCCCGUCACGCGUUCACUUCCUUCUAAGAGCAACAGCGUGAAUCUAUUUGGCGAUCUGUUAGAGUUGAGUUCAGCAGUCAACUCCGGCAACUUCGACAUCGGGCAUAUCAUACCGCUCCUCAGAGCGGUCCUCAACAACGAGCCCGAUGAAGUUAUAUGGGACAAUGCCUACGCCGCCGUCGCCGCGUUCACAGCUUUCACAGUCGCCAUACCCACGACUCCUCCGCUGUCCGCCCCAUCCCUCGCCGCCUCCUUUCAGCAGACGCCAUGGCUGCACAACACGGGCAGUUUCGCGAACUCUACCGAACAUCGCAAAUAUGUGGAUGACGUGUUAAAGGAGGAACUAGGGCCGCUAUACGUUGGGGUCCCUGGUUUCUUCGAUGCCUACUUCGGAAGCGUCCCAGGUCUGGAGUCGGUAGCGCAGGCAGUGUUCGACAAGUGCAAAGAAGGGGAUAAUCCGCUCUACCGAGAGGAGAGUGGCUGGCAGGACUGGCCUGAAAGCGCGAAGGAACGCGACGUCUUAGGUUGGUUCGCGCCGCUAAUCGGCCAGCUUGUAGACUUCGCCGCACAGAAAGAAUCCACCUAUAGGCCUCGACGGCGACCGCUCGCACAGCCCCACAAGCCCCUUCAAGGCUCCAUUGCCGAACGCAAGAUGGACGUCGGGUUCGUAGACGACCCACUCGCCGAGGCAGAUGCCAAGUACCGCUGGUCACACAUACUUAUACCGGGAGAACUUAAGAGUAAUCCUUUGGAAGAUAGGGCCUCUAAAGCUUGGCUCGAUCUAGGACGCUACACGAGGGAGGUGUUCGCUGCUCAGCCUACUCGCCGUUUCGUCCUCGGCUUUACGUUAUGUGGACCGCGCAUGCGGCUGUGGGAGUUUGACCGGCUAGGAGGUAUUGCAUCCAAUUCCUUCGAUAUUAACGAGGACGGAUUGCAAUUCGUGUCCGCCGUACUUGGUUUCUUAUGGCUGGACGAAGAGCAGCUUGGGUUCGACCCUACUAUCAUCACCGACGGCAAUAAGCAAUACGUCGAUAUCGAACGGAAUGGCUGCGCUGAACGACUCAUCAUUGACGGGGUGAUAAACCGAACACCCUGCGUUGCUGGUCGAGCAACGACAUGCUGGAAAGCCCAUCGUGAGGGAGACGAAUCAAAAAGGCCUCUUGUUAUUAAAGAUUCGUGGCAAUAUCCUGAACGCGACGAAGAGGGAGAGCAUCUACGAAAGGCAGCUGAGAAGGGUGUGGCCAAUGUUGCAAGACACUACCACCAUGGAACAGUCCAUGUGGGCGAACAGCAGGAUGACAUACGCGAGAAUGUGCGACGAGGCCUGGACGUAACUCAAGCGACAAACUACAGGACGAUGCCGCCUCCGAGCACGAACGGACAUCGUGGCUCACGAACCGGUCGUAGCAGCAGCAGCGCAAUCAGGAGGAAGCGGUCCUCGAGCUGCAUGAACGCGCCGUUGCCCCCCAGCAAGCGAACUUGCUCGAGCUCGCCCGUUAAAGGUGGAAAAGCUAUAGCAAAUCGAGUACAUCGGCGUGUCAUUCUCUAUGAUCUCGGCGUACCCAUAUACAAAGCGAGCUCGCCGACAAAACUACUCGCUGCGUUGGAGGGCUGCAUUGAAGGAUAUGAGUCGUUGCAAUCAAAAGCCGGCUUGUUGCAAAGCGACAUUUCGCCAAAUAAUCUCAUGGUCAAUGAAGACAAAGAAAACCCUUCUUGGCCUGCGUUCAUCAUCGACCUUGAUCUUGCUAUCAAGGAGCAGCGCGAGAAGUCCUCUGGUGCGCAUGGGAAGACUGGCACAAGAGCCUUUAUGGCGAUUGGCGUGCUUCUAGAUAACGAGAAUCAUUCGUACAUGCACGACCUGGAAUCGUUCUUCUGGGUGUUGUUUUGGAUAUGCGUUCACUACAUUGGACCAGGCCAAGGAAGAACAGUACCGCGAUUUGACAAAUGGAAUUAUCUUGACGCAGAAGAAUUAGCUGGCGCGAAAAAAGGCGUUGUGGACGACGAAAGGGAUUUUCUAAGGAUCGCAGGUGAAACAUUCACGCCAUACUACCAGCCACUAAUACCUUGCAUCAACAAACUACGGCGAAAGGUGUUUCCCGGUGGUGGGAGGUGGAGAGAUCCGAAUCCAAAGCUAUACGACGAGAUGAGAGAGAUAUUGAGGGCAGCACGGCACGAUUUGGAGGGAUCGGAUUUGCCCAGAAAUAUUGCAUUACCUAUCGAACGGUAACUUAAUGGUAAUCUUCUUUCAACCACAAAAUCACCAGGUUUGGCGCGAGAUCGUGAGACGCCCGCGCGCCAGCAUUGUAUUGCAGGCGAGAUUCCAGUCUAUACUGGGGUCAAGCUGCGCAUUGUAAGUGUAUGUAAUGCGACCUCUUUUAGAGGCUGGUCGACCAUGCGCUAGUUGCAGCCAAUCUCUGUGAAAGAAAUUCAACUUA